AUGGCGGACCCACAGGCGACUCACGCCCGCGAGCAACACGAGAACCUUCCGGCCGAAGAGCAGCACAGGAACCCCUACUCUUCUGCCAACCGAUGGAGGCACCAGGAGUCAUCCAAGUUUGCGCGUCACGCCGCAGCCGCACACGCGCAGGGCUCUACGCCCCAGCCGCGUGAGCCCGAGAACCGCGGCAACUCGGCCGACCUCGCCGCCUUCCUCAACAAGACGCGCAUAACGCCGGCCCAGGAUGCGGAGGCUGGAGGAUCGGAGCCCAAGGACCCCGAGACCAAGUUCACCCCGAUUGUCGUCGGCGCUGCCGAGGCGCGCAAGGAGGCGGGCACCGCAGACCACCCCGAUGUAUACCCCAGUCAGCCUGAGCCCAAGGGCGACGGCAAGGAGAUUGCUUGUGGGCCGCUGCUUAACUAUCGGCGCAUGGAGGCCGGUCGCUGGCUUGGCAGUGUCUUGAUUGUUACAAGAGGCGGUGGAAAGGUUCAGAAGCAUACCCCGACCUUGGUGAUUCGGAAGCUUGGGCCCCGGGUCGCCUCUCCUAACGGAGUCGUCCCAGCCGGAAAUGAGGUGGAAGCUGCUGCAAAAGGACCGUACCAACCUGCCGACGUCGCAGAUGCAGAGACGGCGGACGGUUCAAAGCCAGAAGCUGCCAACAAUACUGAGCUGGUCCGGAACCCUGUUGCUGAAAGCGCUCAAGACGCCCAAGCGCAACAGGAGGGGUCGUCCGUCACGGGCUACUGUCUGUACUCGGACCCGCGCAACACCUUCUGGCGCUUUGAUCUUGAUGUCCCAGUCGAGAGCGAGGAGAUGAGGUGGGAGUAUACUCUGCCUGGCAUGCACUUCAUCAGCAAGACCAAGCCCCAAAGGAACAUAUUUCAUGUUCCGGCCGCAUCCGAGUCGAUGCGCCUCAUGUUCCAUUCAUGCAAUGGUUUCAGCGUGGGAACCGAUGAGGAGGCAUGGAGCGGUCCGGCGCUGUGGAACGACGUCCUCCGUGUUCACGAGGAAAGGCCGUUCCACGUUAUGAUUGGCGGCGGUGAUCAGAUAUACAAUGACGGCAUUCGUGUGGACGGACCGCUCCGCAAGUGGACGGAUAUCGGUAACCCGAAGAAGCGCCGAGAUCACCCAUACCCCGAGAGCCUACGCCAGGAGUACUCGAUAUUUCCCUUUGCAAAUGCCAAUGGGCAGAUUGCUCAACUUAACAUUUGGGAUGACCAUGAUAUUAUUGACGGCUUUGGUUCAUAUACCGAUCAUUUUAUGCAAUGUGAUGUCUUCAGGGGUAUCGGCGGCACAGCCCACAAAUACUACCUUUUGUUCCAGCACCAUCUACCACCUCCCGCAUCAACCUACACGUCAGAUAUCGCCGCUGUUGAAAGGUCGCCUGAUGGCGAAGCGCACGAUCCUAAUCAACUCAUGGACACUUAUGUGGCGCCACGCAUGACUGAAUCGCAGUACAUCGUGGGAAAGAAGCCUGGGCCAUACGUAGCCGAGCACUCGCACAACAUGUACGCGCGCCUGGGUGCACGAAUGGCCUUUGUGGGCAUCGAUGCUCGCACCGAGAGAACGCGGCACCAGAUCAACUACCCAGAGACGUAUGACUUGAUCUUUACUCGCUUGCGAGAGGAGCUGAGCGCCGCCAAGCAACAGGGCCAACCGAUUCGGCACUUGAUAGUGCUUCUGGGCAUCCCGAUUGCCUAUCCGCGUCUCACCUGGCUCGAGAAUGUAUUUUCCAGUCCACUCAUCGGUCCGAUCAAGUUCCUGAACCGGCGUUUCGGGUUUGGAGGCGGCUUCUUCAACCACUUUGACGGCAGUGUUGACCUGCUGGAUGAUCUGGACGACCACUACACGGCGCGAACGCACAAGCGGGAACGAAACAGCCUCAUUGAGCGGUUGCAGGGUGUUUGCGCCGAGCACUCUGUGCGUGCUACCAUCUUGGGCGGCGAUGUUCACCUGGCGGCAUUUGGUCGCUUCUACUCCAAUCCCAAGCUGGGGAUCCCGAUUGAGAAUGAUCAUAGGUACAUUCCCAACGUGAUCUCAUCAGCCAUUGUCAACAAACCUCCGCCGGCAGCGGUCGCAAACCUGCUUGCCCGCCGCAAUAAGAUUCACCAUUUGAACCGCGACACAGACGAGACGCUGUUGAAGUUGUUCGACAAGGAUCCGGGUGACUCGAGCAAGACAGCUGGGCACAAUAGUGUGACCAUGCCCAGUCGCAACUUUGCAAUCAUCACCGAGAACUCGGCCAACAAUGGCAGCCGUCAACAGGCCGCGGGAUCGGGAGCUACGUACCUCGCUCCCCCGGGGGCUACGAACGGUACCAAUGGUACAAAUGGCGGUGCUGCCAACGGGAACACCAGCAAUACUCACCUGGCUCCUCCGGGAUCGUCCGCCGGUGCCAGCGCCAUCACCUCGGCUGCUUCGUCGGUCAGCUCGCAGGUGCCCGGCAAGAACGGGCACUACCCGAUCAGUGCAGGCGAGACGGGGUGCGGUACGACGCACCGCGCGGCGACGGCAAAACACGGUACGGCGGCCGACGGCAGCCUGGACAUCUGCAUCCGCGUCGAGAUUGACAACUCGGACAAGAAGGGCACUACUCAGUCGUACGGCCUCUCGAUCCCGGCCCUCGAAUUUGACGCGGCGCAGCCGGCGCACAGGAGGACGCUGACCGAGGCUGCCAAAGCUGCCAUCUCGGCCGGCCACACGGACACGGCCAUGGACGGCAAGCAAAAGACCGAAAAGGGCGCUUUGGCUGGGCAAAUAAACGGGCACGAGCAGGCCGCCAAUGGGGCUGGCGCUGCAGGUAGCGCUCCUGUCCCUGUUGUGAAUGGUCAGAAGACGCAGUAA